GCCAAAUGGUUGACCAAAAAUGUUGUUUUUUCUCGUAUAAGAUGUUGAACAGAUCUCAAGAAAAAAAACUACUCUCAUUAAUAUCUUUAUAUAUCAUUUUUCUUCUUUCUCUUUCAUAAUGGUUUCUGCAGAAACCAAGGCUAAUAAUAGACCAGAAAGAAUCAAACUAAUUGAUGGAAGAAAAUUGGCUUACAAAGAAAGAGGUGUUCCCAAAGACAAAUCCAAUUACAGAAUUAUUAUGGUUCAUGGAUUUGAUAGCUCCAAAGAAAGAGAUUUUCUUGCACCCCAGGAACUUAUGAACACAUUGGGAAUAUAUAUGGUUCAAUUUGAUAGAGCUGGAUAUGGAGAAAGUGAUCCAAAUCCAAAAAGAUCACUAAGGAGUGAAGCAUCUGAUAUUGAGGAAUUAGCUAAUCACUUGGAAUUAGGAUCCAAAUUCUACAUAAUUGGUUUCUCAAUGGGAUCUUAUCCAACCUGGAGUUGUAUCAAACACCUCUCACAUAGGUUAGCCGGGGUGGCAUUUGUGGUUCCCAUUGUCAAUUACCAAUGGCCCUCUCUCCCGGACUCUAUAACAAAGGACGACAACCGGAAGAGGUGGUACAAAAGGAUGACUUGGGUUGCAAGAUAUGCUCCUAGAUUAUUGCAUUGGUGGUUGAUCCGAAAAACGUCUUCCUCCCCCUCUGCUGAUAAUACAAGACCUACAUAUUUUACUGACAAGGACUUGGAGCUUUUAAAGAAGGCACCUGGAUUUCAAUUUCUUACCGCGGAUAAGCUAAAGAGCAGGAGUGUUUUCAACAACCUCCGAAGCGACUUCCUUGUGGCAUUUAGUAAAUGGGAUUUUGAUCCUUUGGAGCUUAGCGAUCCUUUUCCUGAAAACGACCAAAGUUUUGUUCACAUCUGGCAUGGCUGUGAAGACAGAUUUAUCAAUUUGAAACUACAAAGACAUGUCUCAGAAAGGUUACCUUGGAUUCAAUAUCAUGAAGUUCGUGAUGGCGGACAUUUGUUGAUCUAUGAUACCAUUGUCUGUGAAGCCAUCUUAAAGUCUCUUUUGCUUGGAGAGGAGACACCACUCUAUACACCAAAAUUUUCUUCCUAA